AUGGAAUAUGGAAUUCUGGGGGAGAACCAGGAGAAGUGGCAGGCAGGCCGCAGCUGUUUUAUGUGGUUCAAGGGAAGGCAGGCCGGGGCCGCAGGUGAUUUGUCCGUGCCGCCUGUUCCCCUGACCCAACCAGAUGACUGCCUUCCGCGGGUCGAGGGUCUGAGUGGGUUGGGCGCGGGUGGAGUGGAGACGGCCCGCGCAUUACUCCAGUCUGAAGCUGAAUGCCCCGCUGCGCCUCCAGAGGCUGUUCGAGGGUUGACUGAUCUCAUUCUAUCGGGCCAGCGCUGCGAGGACGGGCUCUGCGCCACGCUGAGGCUGGAAGGGCUGGAAGGGACGGGGUAUAACAAGCGCCCUGCCGCCACCGGCUUCCAUCCAACGGCGAAUACGAGGAGCCCAACCGGUGUGAUCGAGGGGAACGAGGGUGAUGCCACAGCUGAUACAGAUACGAUUCAUGUGGGCAUUCUUUCCGACGUGGGACUUCCAGAGACCAACGAGAUGCCUCCUUUGAACAUGAAAGCUACGACACACGUUCUCGCGUCCCAGAAGAUCCCCUGUUUGAGAUGCUGGUCCGCGACACCCUUCUGGCGUGAUCCACGGAUGGUGUUGAACCUAGCAGUCCUACCAUCGUCUCUGAUGGCCCAGGACAGGAAGUACGGGAUCAUGACUCAAACGAAGCUUUCUGCCGACAAGUUUGUCGUUGGAUAUCUGCAUUUCGGGCGCAACGACUACCUGGGGUUCGCACAGGCAGCCAAAUGGUUGUGUGGCUAUACACACCUCUUGCAGAAACGGGGUAGCAUCAUGCAUCUCCAAGUCGCUAACCCGCAGGACAACUUGUCCCUCGAUUGUCUAGAAAUAAAUAAGUACAAUCCGGCCGGAUCCGCCAAGAAGCGAAUCAUCAUUAUACAAGACAGUUACCCGACCUGCUCAUAG